AUGAAGCUAUCGAAAGCAGGGAAGCUACACGUGCAAGUGCAAACUUUCCCACACAACUACUACAAUAGUGCUAAGCAGAGUUACAAAGAGCAGAUGACUGUGCUGCGAAAGAGAUGGGCUACGGAAUUCGCUGCUGAGAAAUUGGCACGAGCUAAAGCCGACGAGGAAAUGAGAAUAAAGGAGAGCAAGCGUGUGGCAGCUUACCGCAGAGAGAAAGAAAUGAUGUUGGAAGUGAACAGAAAAUUGAUGUCAGCUGAGACAGAGUUAGUUGAGCGUGAGCGCUAUUCCAUCCAUGAGAAGGCGAGAAAGCAUCGUGACCAGAAAGACGCCAAGAAGAAGAAGAAGCAGGUCCUACAGCUGCGCAAGCAGGCCGAAGAAGCUGACUCGUAUUUGGUUGACGACACCGAAACCAUCGACGCCAUCAAGAAGGUCGCCCGACAGGAGAAGGUAUGCGAAUUGUCGUAG